CUGGUUAAAAAUCAAUGGAACUAAAUUUUCUACACACCUUUGUCAUUACGUUUGUCCAGAGUUAUAAAAGUUGUGUAGCUUUGAUCUAUUCAGGGGCUAAAUUUUUCUCUCCAGAUGGGGAUGUAUUAUGGUGUCAUCUACCGGAAGAACUCAUUCUCGAGAUCCUACUGAGACUUCCGGUAAGAUCCCUCCAUCAAUUCAAAUGCAUUUGCAAAUCAUGGAAUACCCUAAUCUCAAAUCCACAGUUCAUAAAGCGCCACCUUCAAAUCUCAAAAGCUAAACCAAGCUUAACCAACCAACGACUGUUCUUUUCUUUUUUCAACGAACCCCACAAACUUUUUUAUUACCCUUUAAAACCAUUAUUUGAAAACCAAUCACCUCCGGUUAGCUUCAGCCACGUGAAGGAGCCCGAAUAUAAUGUUAUAGGUUCAUGCAAUGGGUUGUUGUGUCUUCAUGAUAGAUUUCAAAAUAGUGUGAGACUGUGGAACCCUUCAAUCAUGUUGAAAUCCAAAAAAUCUCCAAGAGCGCUUAAUUUGGUAAGUAAGCAUAGUGGCUUUGGAUAUGAUCAAGUAAAUGACAAGUACAAAGUAUUAUUUGUUAUGCAAAAUUUGAAUGAUCCAAGUCAUAUUUUCACCAAAAUUUAUACAUUUGGUGAUGAUUCUUGGAAAACCAUUCAGAAUUUCCACCAUACACCCAUUAGGCCCCUUCGUUUGCCUGGGAAAUUUGUUAGUGGAACUUUAAAUUGGAUUGUUAAGAAAAGAGAUGUUAGCUCUAAUCAAAGUGCGAUUCUUUCCUUUGAUCUCGAGAAUGAGACCUACAAGGAAAUGGUGCUUCCUCGAGAUGAUGGUGAUGACGAAGUACAUGGACAUCUUCUUUAUGUUUUAAAUAAUUGCCUUGGUGUGUGUCAUGUGUCUAACAAAACUAGUUGGGUUGCAUGGAUGAUGAAAGAGUAUGGAGUUGUUGAGUCAUGGACUAAACUCAUGAGCAUCUCUUAUGACAUGUUCAACAAGCAACCGUAUUUACCCAUGUACAUUUCAGAAAAUGAUGUUGUUCUUCUAAUGAACAAACAUACUACCCAAUUAGUCCUAUAUAACUUAAAUAGUGGUCAGUUGAUUAAUUCAUUGUAUGAUACAUUGGAAAGUAACGAUACUUUUAGGAUCAAUCCGCAUAUUUGCUGUGAGAGUCUUGUAUCAGUUCCAUGAUAAAUCAGAUUUGUGAAACCUUUAAGUAUUA